AUGCGUCCUGCAGCCAUCAGGAACUUCUUGCUGCUGGCCUCCUCCCUUCUCUUCGCGGGGCUGUCAGCUGUUCCUCAGAGCUUCUCGCCAUCUCUGAGAAUUGGGCCGGGUGCCGCGUGCAGGCUGUCCCGGGCCGAAUCGGAGCGCCGGUGCCGCGCGCCCGGGCAGCCCCCAGGGGGCGCUCUGUGCCAUGGCCGCGGCCGGUGCGACUGCGGGGUCUGCAUCUGUCACGUGAGCGAGCCCGGCGUGUUCUUCGGGCCCCUUUGCGAGUGCCACGAGUGGGUGUGCGAGACGUACGACGGGAGCACUUGCGCAGGCCAUGGUAAGUGUGACUGUGGCAAGUGCAAAUGUGACGAAGGAUGGUUUGGGGAUGCCUGCCAAUACCCAGCUCACUGUGACCUGACAAAGAAAAAGAGUAACCAAAUGUGCAAGAAUUCUCAAGAUGUCAUCUGCUCUAACGCAGGUACAUGUCACUGUGGCAGGUGUAAGUGUGAUAAUCCAGAUGGAAAUGGCCUUGUUUAUGGUAAAUUUUGUGAGUGUGAUGAUAGAGAAUGCAUAGAUGAUGAAACGGAAGAAAUAUGUGGAGGCCAUGGAAAGUGUUACUGUGGAAACUGUUACUGCGAGGCUGGUUGGCAUGGCGAUAAAUGUGAAUUCCAGUGUGAUAUCACCCCCUGGGAGAGCAAGCGAAGAUGCACAUCUCCAGAUGGCCAAAUCUGCAGUAACAGAGGGACUUGUGUGUGUGGUGAAUGUUCUUGCCACGAUGUUGACCCAACUGGAGACUGGGGAGAUAUUCACGGGGACACCUGUGAGUGUGACGAAAGGGACUGUAGGGCCGUCUAUGACAGAUACUCUGAUGACUUCUGUUCAGGUCACGGACAGUGUAAUUGUGGAAGAUGUGACUGCAAAGUAGGCUGGUAUGGGAAAAAGUGUGAGCACCCACGUUCCUGCCCACUGUCAGCAGAGGAGAGCAUCAGAAGGUGCCAAGGAAGCUCGGAUCUACCUUGCUCUGGAAGGGGUAAAUGCGAAUGUGGCAAGUGCACCUGCUACCCUCCGGGAGACCCCAGGGUGUACGGCAAGACGUGUGAAUGCGACGGCCGCCGCUGUGAAGGCCUGGACGGCACGGUCUGUGGGGGCCACGGCACGUGUUCCUGUGGUCGCUGCGUGUGUGACAGAGGCUGGUUCGGGACGCUCUGCCAGCACCCGCGGAAGUGUAACAUGACGGAGGAACAAAGCAAGAGUUUGUGUGAAUCAGCAGAUGGCAUAUUGUGCUCGGGGAAGGGUUCUUGCCACUGUGGGAAGUGCAUCUGCUCUGCUGAAGAGUGGUACAUUUCUGGAGAGCUCUGUGACUGUGACGACAGGGACUGUGACAAGCACGACGGCCUCAUUUGCACAGGGAAUGGAAUAUGUAGCUGUGGAAAUUGUGAAUGCUGGCGCGGAUGGAAUGGAAAUGCGUGUGAGAUCUGGCUCGGCACAGACUAUCCUUAA